AAUAAUUCUCAUUACACUCGAUCUUUAUCUCUGAAUGCAGUAGCAAGAGUACCGGGCGUCGAAAUCAAAAACCCUCGGCGCCAAAACCGGUGGGUUUUAAUUUGGGCUCCUCGGACGGAAGAGGAAGCGGUCGGCCAUGGCGAAGCUGGAGCAGCAGCUUCUCGCGAUGGGCUUCCCGGAGGAACUGUCCCGCCAAGCGCUGAUCGCCACCGGAGACGAUGUAGCUAAAGCCACUGAAUGGAUACUUGCCUGCACCGAUGGCCAUAAAGCUUCCCAGGAUUCCGGUGAUUCUAUCCCCGUUUCUUCCUCAACCUCCCCCUUCCAGCCCAAAAUCAAUCGGUUCUUCCAAUCACAGUCAAAACCCUCUUCCGGCAAGGCCCAUCACGAGGAAGAAGUGAUUGUAGACGACAAUACCCCCCAAUCACACCGUUUCUCGAAACGGCCCAAAUUGUCCGCACACCCUGAAGACGAAAACAAAGCGCCGGCUAGAACCAUCCCUCAGGAGCCCUUAUCGGAGCGGAUGAGACCUCGGACUCUGGACGAGGUGGUGGGACAGGAACAUUUACUGGGUCCCACUUCUGUCCUGAAAUCCGCCAUUGAUUGUGGAUGUAUACCCUCUAUCCUUCUAUGGGGUCCACCCGGCACCGGAAAGACAUCCAUCGCCAGAGCCAUGCUCAACUCCUGUCUCUCCUCCUCCCCCUCUGUUGCCGGCACCUACAGAUUCGUCUCCCUCUCUGCAGUGACUGCAGGUGUUAAGGAUGUCCGUGAAGCAGUUGACGAGGCCAAGAAACUAAAGAAACUGUCCAAGAAGAGAACCAUUCUCUUCAUGGAUGAGGUCCACAGGUUCAACAAAGCCCAACAAGAUUCCUUUCUGCCCGCUAUAGAAGAUGGGAGUGUGGUGUUCAUGGGAGCCACCACAGAGAACCCGUCUUUCCAUUUGACCACUCCACUGUUGUCUCGGUGCCGAGUGUUGACUCUAAAUGCGUUAAAGCCUGAGCAUCUGAGCACCCUCCUCAGGCGGGCCGUGGAGGAUCCCUGCAAAGGAUUGGUGUGCGGCAUGGGCCCACAAGGGCCAAAGGUCGAGGUGAAGGAUGAUGCUAUCGAGUUCCUCUCAAUUCAAUGUGAUGGAGACGCUAGGGUUGCAUUGAAUGUUCUAGAAAUCUCUGCAACAACGGCAUUGUCUCGGUCGAGACUGCCUCUAGUACCAAACAUGUCUUUGGGUUUGACCGUGACAGUGGAUGAUGUGAAGGAAGCGUUGCAAUGUAAACACUUGGCAUACGAUAGAGGGGGGGACGAACACUAUAAUCUCAUCAGCGCCCUCCACAAAUCAAUGAGAGGGAACGAUGCAAACGCCUCCGUUUAUUGGCUAGCGAGAAUGCUAGAAGGCGGGGAGAACCCCUUAUACAUUGCCCGGCGUUUGGUGCGGUUCGCCAGUGAGGAUGUGGGCUUAGCAGAUCCGAACGCCCUUUGCCAGGCAGUAGCAUGCUACCAAGCUUGCCACUUCCUUGGCAUGCCUGAGUGCAACGUGAACCUUGCUCAAUGUGCAGUUUAUUUGGCAUUGGCCCCAAAGUCGGUUGCGGUUUACAAGGCAUUGGGGGAAGCACUGAGGGUGGUGAGGGAGUCCGUGGGGCAGAAUGAAGGGGUGCCUCUUCAUUUGAGGAAUGCACCCACCAAGCUAAUGAAGGAUCUUGGUUAUGGGAAGGACUAUAUUUAUACACCUGACAAUCCUGAUGCCCCACAGACCUUUUUGCCACCCUCUCUUCAAGGUUAUAAGUUCCUGCACCUGCCAAAGUUUGGUUCUGAUAAUCAAUUUUGAAUCAACUCCACACUUAUGAAGGAUUCCAGUAUGCCUCCUCUAUCGCAGCAAGAGAUGCUUGUAUCAUUUUGGUUCUUUUUGCCUCUUGUUGAAUCAAUUAUGUUGCAACUUGUCCUGUCUUUGUAAAAAACCAUAAUUGGUCUCACACUGAUCUUUUGGUCCUCGAACAAAAUGUUUCAAGGAGUAACACUUCAGCCUUCAUAUCUAUUUAUUAAAUUAAGAGUAGAGUUAUUCUUACUCUACUGUUAUAUCGUA